UUUUGGUCCAACUGACCAACCAAAUGUAAAUUUUUCCCAUAUAGGAAGAGGAAGAGAAAGGAAAAUCGGCGGGGUUCUAAAUUAUUUAGAGUUUAUGUUAAAUCGAGGUUCGACUGUAUUUAAAAUUAUAGAUUUAAUGAUAGAUGUAGAAAAUACAGUGAAGGAAAUUAAUUCCAUAGAAAAUAUUAAAAAAGAUAAAAUAAAUAAAACAAAAAAUAGCAAUAAUAAAAAUAAUAAUUCCAAAAAACAAAGAAAAAAGAAAAACAAAAUAGGUAAAACUAUAAAACCAGAUAAUAGUGAAGACGAUAAUCAAAAUAAAGAGAGUGUUGAAGAGAUAAAUAAUGAAGAUUCGAAGUUACAAGGAAAAAUAAUUGAGGAAGUUAAUAAUGAAUUGGACGACAAAACCGAAGCUAAUGAAAGGGAAGAAGAUGAAGAUGAAUGGAUAAUGAAUAAAAAAGAUUUAAUGAAAAAGAGAAAGGAAGAUAGGAAAAAAAUUAGGGAGGCAGAAAUUAUAAGGAAAUUAAAAAUUAAAGAUGAAAAAGAUAUUAAAUCUUUACUAACUUUGAAUAAUAGGAAGAAAAUGAAUUUAAAAUCUUAUUUGAAUAAUAACGAUAUUACAAUGAAGAAUAUUUUAGAAGAUGAAAUUGAUAAGGAUAAGAAAGAAAAAAAUGAGGAUUUGAUAAAGGAAAAGAUUGAAGAUUUGGGUAAGGAAGAAAAUGAAGAGUUGAAUAAGAACAAAAAGCUAAAUGAAGAAAAUAAACAAUGUUUCGGGGAAAAAAAGAACGAAGGUUUGGAAGAGAAUAAAGAAAUAAAUGAGGAUUGUAGUCAUUUAUUGGGACCGGAUGACCAAAAUUUAAUAUCGUCAAAUCUGAAUAAAAAAGAAAAAAUAGAAAUUUCUCAAACAAAUUUUAAUAAAAUGAAGAUAAAUAUAAAUGAAAAUAAUGGAAAAAACAAUGAAGAAAAAGCUGAUAUAAUUAACCAAAGGCAAGAAAAUAAUUUGAAACAAGAGGAAAAAAAGGACAAUGCACUUGUCCCGGUUAAUGAAGUUAUUUCAAAAGAAAAUCACAAAGACUUCAAAUCAUUUUCAAAAUUUACUCCUUUUCAACCAAAAACAUUUUUAGAGGAAAAAGCAUUAUUCGAAGCGUAUGAAAAAUUUAUUGGAGGUAAAGGAGAUCCAAAGAAGAUAAUCCCAGCCUUGGAAUGUGGAGUGAUUAUUGAUGAAAUUAAACAACGUUUUGUUUACGUUAAAAAAUUUAAACAAGAUAAGAUUGAUGUCGAAUUAAAUUGUGAAGAGAAUAAAAAUUCAUCAAAAAAUUUAACCGGAAGUUUAGGAGGUAGGGAUUUGAUACUUGAAUGUUAUCUGCUCUCAUUUUUUACUCUUAGCUUAUUUUCUCCAAAAAUGUAA